UUGAUUGCACUUUUCACAGCUGUUCCUUUCGUAUUUAAUUUCUUUAUUUAAAAAUGGAUUAUUUACGUCCUAUAUGGAACUGUUUUACAACAUUUUGUAGCUGUUUACAUUGUUCGGAAGAGUUAAACAACCAGGGGUAUGAACCUAGUGAACGUACUCACCUUUUAGCUGAUCCAGUUAAUAAUAGUCCGGCGCUUCGGAGAACAAAUUCUGAUAACAUAAGCAAUGACUACGCCCAUUCACUUCCGAAAAAAGAUGAUCAAAACGCACUUUGUCGUUUAGUUCAAAACACAGCCAUCAAUAUGAUUGAUGUUGGUGCGAUGGACUCCCAUAAUUUGGAGCAUCAGGAAUGUGAUGAUAGGAUUAAAUUAUAUUCCCAACGUUUGCAACAACAGUGGAGUAAUGUUCAGCAUCCUUCAAAAAUGUAUACAGGUAUAUUGAAGGAUAUUUCAAACCCAGAAAGGUAUUUAGCUACGCCUAUUCUCUUUGAUGAUAUUAUUCAGAUUAAUAAUGCUAUUCAACAAUUUCAUAUAGCAUUACAGGAGGUUAAAAUAGAACACAAAGAAUCUAUUGUUGUUUCGUUUAGAAUCCCCUAAUUAUAUAUAAAUAUAAAAAAUGUGUUUAUACGUCAUACAUGGAACUUAUUGAUUAUGUGAACUAUCAAUUUGCUGUUUAUUUGCCAUUUCCAACAAAUUAAUUUUUAAUUGAUUUAUUUCUAUAUUUAAUGAAAAAUUAUUUUGUUUGCUUUUUAUAAAAAUGAAAAACAAUACACACAUAAUUCACAAAACAUAAAUGUAUUUAAACGUGCUAA